AUGGCGGCGGAGAGCCGCGCUCCUCCCCUUCACGGCAGCCCCGAGAUGGCGGGCGGUGCGGAGCCGGGCCCGGAGCUGGAGCGGGUGGUGGAGGCGUUGGAGCUGCUGCUGCGGCGGCGGCAGCAGCCCGCUGGGCCUGGUGAGCGGGACGGCGAAGCCGGGCCCGGCCCAGAAGGUGCCCUACGACCGGAGACGCUGCGCAGCAACUCGGCGGCCCUGGAGGAGCGGCUGCGGAGGGCGCCGGGCUGGGCGGCGCUCCGCGGCCUGCGCGAUGCCCUGACCGAGCACCCCGCGCUGGGCGGCCCGCUCCUCGCCCGACACCUCGGCCUCCUCCUCGCUGGUCUCUGCCUGCUGGGCCACGGCCCCGCCGCCCACAGCGAGGGUGUUUCAGAAGCGGAGCGAGCGCGGUGCCGGGAGGCCCUGCGACACAUCCUGGACCGCGUCUACCAGCCGCUGGCGGUGCGGGAGCUGCUCGUCCUGCAAGGCCGGCCCAAGCAGAGUCCUCCCUCUCCUGGGGAAGAAACAAAGCCGGCCCUUGUGCGGGCUCCGGCAUGGCUGCGGCGCCUUUGUGGUCAGCUGCUCUCUGAGAGACUAAUGAGACCCAACGGGGUUCAGGCUGUGGUUCGGGGCAUCAUGGAGGGAACAGGCGCAGGUGGCACUGGUGCUGAAGCAGCAGCUGUGGACUGGAGAAAAUGUGACACGGUUGCAAAGAUCCUGGCUUCCUGCCCGCAGCAGUGCCUUUCCCUUGAGGACUACUACAGACUGGUAUGCCCCCAGAUUCUGGACUUGCUGCACAUCCAGGACAAACUGACAGCGCGCCAGUUCCAGCGAGUGGCCACCACGACGCUGCUCACCAUGGCGAAAGAGCACCCUCAGCUGGCAGAGAAGCACCUGCUCCAGCCCAUGUUGGCACCACUCCUGCGAUGCUCGGAGACAGCAGAGCUAGCAGUGGAAGAUUUAUCAGCAGGGACCGUGCUGGUGACAGAGGCAGAGCUCAGCAGCUGUGUGGAAGAUGUGCUCAAGGUGUAUGUGGUUGGAAAUGACAGCUCAAGCCUGCUGCUGGGAUCCUUACAGUCAGUCCUGGGAGUGGUUUUUUCCCUCUAUUCCUUCGCCAAGCAGAAUGUGUCAUACUUACGCUCCCCAUGCCAGGAGAUCCUGCUGUGGUUCUUGGAGAAGUCGGAGCGAGAGGUGUCGCUGGCCGUGCUGGAAGGCUUUGCAGGGCUGAACAGCAGCGUGCGCACCCUCCACCCGCGGUGCCAGUUCUGUGUGGGCAGCGAGGGUGGUGCCACCAUUGCAGUGGAGGAGGCCAUCAGCGAUGAAGAUGAGGCCCUCUACCAGAAAGUUUCCUCAGAGCAGUGCCAUGUGGAGAACUUGGUGGAGCUCUUGUCUCACUGCCAAAAGAGUGGUCUAGCCGGAGACUUCUUCAUCCGCUGCCUGAAGGCGCUGACUCAAGUGGCUGCGGAGGACGAGGUGGCUUUGAAUUCAGCUGCGGUGCCUGGCGGGAGUCUCCUGGAGCUGGAGCAGUACCAUGCCGAGCAGAGGAGGAAGCUACUGGUCCUGCAGCUUGUGGCCACGCUGUGUGAGAGCGUCUCGGACACCGUGUUCACAGAUGUUGCUCAGGUGGAGGAGUUCGUGGCAGCCACGCUGCAGCGGGCCUGCGUCAGCCCGGCGCGGGGCCCCGGCGCGGCGGCAGAGGUGCAGACCCUCACCAUGGCCAUGGGGCUCGUGGCUGCCAUGCUCGGCGGAGCCGUCCAGCUGCAAUCCAGUGACUUUGCCGUGCUGAAGCGGCUGGUGCCGUUGCUGGAGGAGCUUUCCCGCACCUACCCCGAGCCCCUCACCCAGGAGCUGGCUGCGGACCUGCGCAUCGCCAUCUGCACCCAUGGAGCCUUCUCUCCCAGGACAGUGGGCGCCGCUGCCGACGGUGUGCUGGGAAAGAAGCUGGGAACGGGAGCGCAGAGCCCUGGCGGAGCCCCAAGCCCGAGGGGUGGCCGGACACCGCCACGGCACGGCCGCAGCAGCCCCUCGGCUCCCAGGGAGAGGAGCGAAGAGCAGAGCAUGUGCCAUGAGGCUGGCGACAUGGGUCCCGCUCCAGCCCCGUGUACCGACAGCCCUGCCCUGGCUGGGCUUCAGGAGCUCCUGGUAUCAGCCUACGACCCCCAGCCCCCCAGCCGGGCAGCUGCCCUGCGCCACCUCUCCAGCCUGAUCACGCAGCGGGAUCCAGAGGCACUUCGACUUCAGGAGAAAAUCCUGCAGGUGUUCCUGGAGAACGUGCAGCACGAGGAUGCCUUCGUCUACCUCUCGGCCAUCCAAGGCGUUGCCCUGCUCUCCAGUGAGUACCCAGAGCAGAUCCUGCCCGUCCUGCUGGCACGGUACAGGGCCCCAGCACAGGGCAUGGAAGAUACUGCGGCCGCCAUCACCAGGAUGAAGCUGGGCGAGGUGCUGAUGCGUGUCACCCAGGCGCUGGGGGACAUGGUGUUCAAGUACCGGGAGCCGCUGGUCCAGGCCUUCCUGCAGGGUGCACGGGACCCCGACAGCGCGCUGCGGGCCAGCAGCCUCUCCAACCUGGGCGAGCUCUGCCAGCGCCUCGGCUUUCAGCUGGGCUCCAUCGUCCAGGAGGUCACCUCCUGCUUGACGGCCAUAGCCAAGACGGACCCCAAGGCGGAGGUGCGAAGAGCGGCCGUGCACGUGGUGGUACUGCUGCUGCGGGGACUCAGCGAGAAGGCCACCGAGGUGCUGCAGGACGUUCUGCGGGACCUCUACCGCCUGCUGAAGCACGUGGUGGUGGCUGAGCCCGAUGGUGCAACGGUGCUGCACGCCCAGCUGGCGCUGGAGGAACUGGACACGGUGAUGAGGAGGGUCCUCUUCCCCCCGCAGGCGCUGGAGAAGAAGAUUGUGGUGCUGCCGUAGCGGGGCGCAGAACAAACUCUUCCUGCUCUGGCAUCAGGGCCAAGCGGCUCCCCGAGGGAAAGGGUUCGCUGUGCCCCUGGGAUGCCGCCGGCGGGUGCCAGCCGGGGAGGAAACCGCAGCCUGGGGAGGGCAGGCGGCUGCCCCCAGGCUCCCUGCGGCCAGGGCAGCGUGGGCUUGCUGGGACAGGGCGGGGGAUUAAACAGAGACAUGCUCAGCCCUGCGCCCAUGACGUCUCUGGGAGCUGCGCGAAGCCCCUGGGUGCCAUCGUAGCCACGUCCCGGCCCGUGGCUGGGCCGUGCUCGCCCUCACGCGCUUGG